AUGAAAAAUCCAAUAAUUCCAAGUCCAAGCACACCGCCUGAACAAUUUAGUUGCAAGUCAGGCAAUUGCAAUUGGGAGCUAAGUGCUUUAACCGUCAUCCUGGAUGAAUUUAACGUCAAAUAUGCGUUUACCGCUGGAUACAACGCCAGUGUGGCAGUUGCCAUUGCGAGCCUACUGGACUGUCCUCUCUUUGCAAGUGACGCAUUGUAUUAUAUUAUGGCAUCAAAUCCCAUUUUUGAAAAUGAUGACGUUAGCGGUAACCUUAAGUAUUUUCCCAUUUCCGGUCUCUCCUUUUCCCCCAUCCAACCAGAUCCAUGUGAAAACUUUAACUCAUCCGGCGCUGUUUGUUCUUUAGAAGGCCAUUUAUAUAACCCAGUUGAAUCCCUAUUAUCACAAUUGUCACCCAUUUCUUGUCGUGUAUUUGGCAUACUUUGGGGCGAUUUAUCAAUACCUAGGCUACGUCUUCCGCCUGAAGCAGUCGACCACGAUCUGCACAAUAAAAGUAAUGACAAUCGCAAACAGAUCAUUCAGAAUGCCACCAAACUUGUCCAGUGGAUAAAUGAUGUUGGACCUUCUAAGGCGCUACAGAGUGUGAUCGAUCUUAUUGGGGAUGCAGAAUUAAAGAGCGUUGUGUCUCAGUGCAUACCACAGUCGAUUAGUCGAACACAAAUGGAUCUCAAGGAGGCUCUUCUUAUUCUCCAAGAAAUAAAUGUUAAUCCUCCCACCUCUGACGAGAAUACUUGUAAACGCAUCUCUGCAAUUCUGCAUGGCAAAUGUAGUUGUCAAGGUUUCUCAUCAUCCGCGUCUGUGGGCGAACCCAUCCUCGAUCAUUGGCCGGCGCGUAUGCUGAAGGCGUACCGUCGUGGGUUUGUCUGUCCAUUUAUAUUAUCUUCCCUAUAUUUUGAAGAUGCCAAAGUUUUUCCAAGCGAUUUGGAUUAUGUCGCAGGGCUACCUUCAUGUUAUUUGAAAGCUUUAAUUGUUAGGUAUCUUACUUAUUGCCUCAUGUACACUUAUGAGAUGUCAAUCGGUGGAUGCUCACAUCUUAAUGGCGCAAAACCGAGAGUGAUAGAGAUUCAUCCACUCAACUCGGAAACUGUGAAAUUGUUAUUCCUUACACUGGACCAAAUUCGCCUACCUGAAUACGAGAUGGAUAUGAAUUUUAUAUACAGUUCCUUUUCUUACGUUCCCAAUGCAAACUUGCCUGAUUGGCUCAAUCUAUUUUCGCUUUGUCUCAUGAUUUGGUUUGAGCAAAUGUCGAAAGAAACCUCCAAUUUGGAGUACUGCAACCCAAGUGACUGCCCAAUCAUCAUUGCAGCCUGUAUUUGUGCUUUGACACAGUCCUUUAAUUGUGAAGAACCAUGGGAGACACUCCUUUCUAGGUAUGAGGAAGUAAGCGAGAUAGUAGCCGAGACAAUGCCAAUUUAUGACAAUUCAAAUUGCACCCACAAUGAAGCAGAAUUGCCUGAAUGUCAACAAGGCCAUUGGAUUAUGCACAGUUUGAUGGAGAUUCAAAAUAUAUACACUGAGAUGAUUGCUCUAUCAAAAUUUAUAAAUGCCCUGUUUUUUUACAACUCGACCACUGACUCUCUACCAGAUUUUUAUGACCAAUGUCGACCCCUUCAUCAGAUGAUUGCUUCAAACAAACUCUUUUAUUGGAUUGCAAAGCACCUUUACUCCAUUCCCAUUGAGACUCGCAAGCUGAAAGCCAUUCGGGAAUGGCUUCCUCAGCUUCUCACCCAAUGUCUGGAAGGCAGUGUUGCGAAAAUGUACAUAGAUGUGGUAACUGACCUCAGCAACCUACUGCAGCAUGUGGGAAGUGCUAAAAUCCAACUGGUUAACAUCAAUCAGUCCGAAUGUGAGGCUUCAAUCACAAAAAUCAUCAGUGUGUCAAAAAAUUGUGCCAAUGUGCGCCGUACACUUGAAAGUUUCCUGCAGUCGGAUAAUGUGGAGGUGCGGAGGAACUCAAAGCCAAAAUCUCCGAUUCCGAUUCAGAAUCAGGCGUUAACAUACACGAGUGAGAGCAACGACUGUUGUCCGACCUUCGACAAGUCACUUUUGCAAGCUCCAUUCGCCCAGAAGGCUGAGUCUUCUCUAAAGAGAGCGAAACCAUCCGAAUGGAGUAGGAGGAAGACGCCUGUGAACUUGGCUGGCAUAGAGGUGAAUAGGGUGCCCUGUCACGAGGUGAUAGGUAAAGGCUCAGCCUUUACAACAAGGUUCAGACGGAUGGGUGGGGGAUAUGCGGCAAGACUGAAAAAGCGAGUGGGCAUUGAGUAA